AUGGCCAGAUCUGACGGCGAGACGGUGGAGGUGGGAAUGGCCCUAUUCGGAGCGGCCGCUGAUUUUCCUGUUCCCCCCUGUGCCGCAGAGGCUGAGGAACCUGAAGCAGCCGACGGUAACAGCGCCAAGCGCCCACGCCCCUCAACCUCUCCGGUCUGGGCUGACUACGAGAAACUCUUCAAGACAGUCAAUCGUAAGACAGUUAGGGCUUUUGAAGAGUAUAUUAAAAUUGCUCACAAUCCUAAAUAUGCUAAAGUGUCUAGGCAAACCUCCUCUAGAGACAUACUGAAGUACUUCACUGAUUGCAAGGCUAAGCUUGUUGAAAGUUUUAGUACUUCAGUUAAUUGUGUGUACCUAACCUCAGACAUUUGGUCUGGUAAUGACAAAGAGGACUACAUUAGUGUUGUUGCUCACUACAUAAACUCUGACUGGCAACUAGAGAAGAGGGUGCUUGGUUUGGUUCUUAUUGAUGUGUCUCACAAUGGACAAAAUAUUGCUGAUCGUGCAGCAUCUGUCCUUGCUGAUUAUGGUUUGACUGAAAAGGUGCUUGCUGCUACUUUAGACAAUGCAUCUUCUAAUGCUUCUGCCAUGCAAAAACUGAAACCUGUCUUGUCUAAAUACCUUGGUUUUGAUGUUAUUGAAGAACCUGAGUAUGCAUCAUCUAGUCAAAACAUUGCAUCAUCUAGUGCAGUUAACUCUAUGUUCUUGCAUCAGCGUUGUGCAUAUCAUAUUCUCGAUCUAAUUGUCAAGGAGGCACUAAUUACUCUUAAGCCUUUCAUAGAAUCAUUUAGAACUGCAAUAUCAUUUUUAAAUUCAUCUAAUCAGAGAAUUGCUGCAUAUAGAAGUUACUGCAUUGCAACUGGUGUUAGGCCUAGAAAGUUUCAGCUGGACAUGGAGAUUGCUCUGCACCUAAAAAAUUAUGCUAAUGAUGUGCACAUCAGAUCUGUGGUGCAACCUAUGAUAGACAAAUAUAAUAAGUACUGGAGGGACAUACCUUUGCUUUACUCUUUUGCAUUCAUCUUGGACCCCAGAGCUAAAAUGAAAGGUUUUACUAGGGUGCUUAGAAGAUUGGGUGGUCUCACCAGUACUGAUUAUUCUACUUAUUUGGUUGGCACUCGAGCUAGACUUGCUGAUGUUUACAAUAAAUAUGAUGAGAAAUAUGGUGCUGUUAGGUUGAGGAGGACUGACCCUCCUGUCCUGUCUGGUAAGUCAAGGUCUGCUUGGGAUGAAAUAUAUGACGAUGAUGGUGGUGCUGUUUUGGGUGGUGGUAUCUUUCCUGGUAAUCCUAACAUGUCUAGAGAUACAUCUGCAACUUCUUUGCUGCAUGCAGUGAGGUCAUCAGCUUCUAAUGCUUCUGAACUUGUGUCCUACUUGGAUUGUGACACUGUCAACCACCUAACAGAUGACUUCAACAUCUUCGACUGGUGGCAUCAGCACAAACUAACAUAUCCAGUACUCUCAAUCAUGGCUAAAGAUAUCUUAACUGUUCCUGUGUCUACCGUAUCUUCAGAAUCCACUUUUAGCAUGACUGGCAAGAUUAUCGAGGAGCGGCGAAGGAAUCUGAAGCCUGAAUGGUGGAGAUGCUGA